UAUAAAAGCUAGAAAAUAUUCUCAAAGGAUUAAAUUCAUUAAACGCAUCAUGAAUCCUCUGCUAAAAUUCUUGUUGAUGUCUUUGGGCAUUUUAUCGUGUCUUGCAAACAUUGGAAUGACUUUAGACACUGGUGACUUAUUAGGUGGAGUAUUGGGAGGUGGAGGAUCAUCCGGAGUCGGUGGCUUAUUGGGUGGAUUAUUGGGCGGAGGAAAUUCAGGAGGAAAUUCUGGAGGAAAUAAUCCAUUUGCUGGAAAGAAUGUGGAAUGCGGUAAGCAUGAUUUCUGUAGAGUAAAUAUAGUCUUAAUAUGGUGAUUAAGGAAAAAAUGG